AUGAGCUCAGUCACUCGUUACGUUCUUCUGUGUGCUCUUCUUCCCUUAAUUGCUCUGUCAGCACCAUCGGCUGAUCUUUCUUCUUCAUCAAACACACCAGUAGUUUCAUGUUCUAUAGAAGAACACAUCCAGAUUCCCUGUCAAUGCUGUAAGAAAGACUGUUGGUAUACUGUUGCUGCUGCAGCCACCCAUGAACUUGGUCAUAUGCCAGGAGAAGCUGGAGAGCAAGAGGCUCUUGCAACUCUUAAGCUUAUCAGAGCAUGUAUGAUUUCUGAAUGUUCUGCCGUUUGCAGUUCCCGUCGUGGUCCUUUCUAG